GGCCUGUGUUUUUUCCACGCUUGGAGCAUACACAUGUUGCGAGGCUCUGGGCCCACUACCCCGCGAUUCCUCAUCUUACGAUCCUGCCAUGCUGCGCAGUUCUUUGGGGAGCGAACGUAAGGGGUUCGACGGCAUGCACGCGUGCUCACGCUAUGAUGUAACCAGCAUUCCCAUAACCGUUUCAGACUCAAGCUUGCCGAAACACCAUUACCGCCGAAGGUUGUCGCUCUACGUUUCGGGCGGAAGUUGCCCUGGCGGCAACAUGAACGAGUAUGAACAUAUCUACAUGAAGAAGCGGAAGGAAUUCGGCCGAUAUUGUAAGUUUGACGACGUUGAGCCGAAGAUCCUUGGCACAGUGGAGGAGAAUCGGAACUGCGGUGACAUGUACGUCGAAAAAUCGAUCAUGGAUGUGGUCCUCGACAACAUCCCGCAAUUCUCGGAGCACGCUGUGAACACCGCCAAGGUGAAGAUGCAGAGCCAAACUAUGAUGCACACGGAGGGGGGGUGGCCGAAGGAGAUUGACCCAACGGAAGUGCAGGACACAUUGAAGUGGAUCAAGCGGUUGGAAAAAGACCCGACGUACACUGCUGCCGUGAAGAAUCUGACGUCGCAAACGGUGAAAUGCAUAGAGCAGAACAACACAAUCGAUCUUUUCGAGCAUUACUUCCACAUGGAGGAGCCAGAGCACAUGCCCGAGUCUCUAAACAUGAAGACGGUAGCCCUCUUCAAGGACCCUUGCGACGAGAAGCGCAGCGUCACCAAGAUUGGCUGGCACCCAGAGGGUCCCAGUAGGCUGGUAUGCUCAUACUCCAAUCUUCGGUUCCAGCGGAUGACGGAUGAGAUGCCGAUGAAUUCGUUCAUCUGGGACAUAAAUGAGCGGAACGAGCCACUGACUGAGUUGAGAACGCCUUCCCCAAUGGUUUGUUGCCAGUACAACCACAGAAAUCCAGAUUUCUUGGUCGGAGGUUGCUACAAUGGCAUGAUCAACUUCUACGAUCUCAGGAAGGGGCCAUCCCCUGCGCUGAAGUCCGCCGUGGAGGCCACACACUGGGAUCCUGUCUAUGACGUGGUGUGGAUGCAGUCCAAGACCAAUUCCGAGUGUGCAUCCGUGUCGUCGGAUGGGCGUCUGCUCUUUUGGGACGUGCGCAACUUGAGCGAAGCCGUGGACGAGUGCGAGCUCACUGACGGUGGCAAGGAGCCUAAGGUUUUCGGAGGUACCUCGCUGGAGUGGAUGCAGGAAGCAGGUCCCUCGAAGUUUCUCGUGGGCACGGAGCACGGCAUAAUCUUGUCGUGCACGAAGAAGCCCAAGAAGAACGUGGAGGUGUCCAGCUGGUACGGGCAGGAGGAGAAGGGUGGGUACGGGCGCCACUUCGGCCCCGUGUACUCGGUCAAGCGCAAUCCGUUCCACGUCAAGUUCUUCUUGAGCGCGGGGGAAUUUCGACUGGUGCGCCAAAUUGUGGAUGGAGGAGCCGAAGGGCCCCAUGCUGCAGACGCCCUUCUACCCGUCCUACAUCAGCGCGACGGCGUGGAGCCCCACCCGGCCGGGAGUGUUCUUCCUCACCCGCCACGACGGCCGCUUGGAGACCUGGGACACCGGGAGGGGGACAGGAAGUGGCGCUCUCGCAGAAGGUGUCCGACGCCGCGCUCACGUCCUUGAGCGUCCAGUCCGGGGGCUCCCUCGCCGCGGUGGGCGACGCCGACGGCGUCGUCACGCUGCUGCGCCUCUGCGACGCCCUGGCCCUGCCAGGCCCAAACGAGAAGAACGUGGUGGGACAGAUCUUCGACCGCGAGACGCGGCGCGAGAAGAACCUGGAGGCGAUAAAGAAGCAGGGCAAGGCGGGAGGCCCGAAGGAUCAGAGGGAAAGGUCAGCAGUGGAUCCGGCAUCACCAUCGACAAGGCCGUGUACGAGGAGCGCGAGAAGGCCUUCUUCAGCGAGGUGGGCCUGUCCGGCGAGGGCCUGGGCACCAAGCUGACGGGCGUCAAGACCACCUGACCUGCCGAGCUGUCGGCGGCUCUCCUGCCAAGUGGCGUUUCAAGCCCAGGUGACAUCGAAGAGGAAGAAUCGCCUUCACCUUCUUUUUUAUCCUCUUGUGCGCGCCGCCAACUUCCGCUCCCUCACGUCGCGGCGGUGCCUGCAGCGCGCUUCGAUCGUGUAACUGCGUCUGUGGGCACGUGCUGCCCAGCGUGACUGUGUGCAGUGCUGCGCGCGCCCCCCCCCCCCGCUGCGGCACCCGGCGCGAGCGGCCUCUCGGCGGCGACCUUUGUCCGGCCGCCGCCGGGCCCGCGCCGCAGGCCGGCCUGGCCAGACCCUCUGGCCAGGCCCGGCUCUGGCGGGGAGGGGCUGAGAGGGAGCAGGCGAUCGCCAGGAAGGGAACCCAGACACGCUCACGUCGUGCACGAAGGCACGGCGGAUGGCUUUGGGCCGUGUUCGGCCUGCCGCAGGCUGCAACAGGAGCGCCGCCGGGGUCUUGC